AUGGCUGUCAACAUCCCUGGAGUGAUAGCAAUGCUGGUCUUCUACCUGCUGGUUCUUGGAGUCGGAAUCUGGGCUUCUAUAAAGUCUAAAAAGGAGGAGAACAAAAGUGCGGCUGACAAAAUGGAGAUGACCCUGUUGGGAAACCGAAGCAUCAAAAAGGUGGUGGGGAUAUUCACAAUGACAGCGACGUGGGUUGGAGGCUGCUUAAUCAUGGGCUUAGCUGAGAUGAUAUACACCCCCUCUAUGGGACUAAUGUCAGCGAUAAUCUACCUGACAGCAUUUGCUUCUUCUUUAAUUUUGGGUGGCCUUGUGUUCAUCAAGCCAAUGAGAGACAAGAAAUAUAUGACCUUAUUGGACCCUUUCCUGAUCAAGUAUGGAAAAGCGUUCACAGCCGUUCAGUCCCUGGGUGCACUUUUGGGUGACAUUUUGUGGGUCGCUGGAACACUAAUCAGCUUAGGUGCCACCAUGAAUGUGAUUUUGGAUUUGCCUUACUCUGUGAGCAUCUGGAUCUCUACUGCGGUGGUGAUUAUUUACACACUGAUGGGCGGUCUCUACUCUGUGGCGUACACCGACAUCAUUCAGGUCAUCCUCCUUUUGGUCACCAUGAGUAUCUGUCUACCCUUUAUCCUGAUGAACCCCGUCUCUGUGGAUAUUACCCAGACGGCCUGGAACAACACUUUUCAGGCACCCUGGAUUGGUAAACUGGAGAGGAAGUCAGUGUGGACCUCUAUCGAUACCUUCUUAUUUAUUGCAAUGGGAAGCCUGGGAUUCCAAGCUUUCCACCAGAGGACCUUGUCUGCUUCUUCCACAUCGGCAGCUAGGGUCACGUGCUUUGUUGCGGCGUUCUCACUCUUGAUAUUUGGAAUACCUCCUAUACUGAUCGGGGCAGUGGCUGUAUCCACAGACUGGAACCUCACUUCUUAUGGUUCUCCGUCUCCAUUGGAACGUGGGGAGGGAGCUAUGAUCCUGCCUAUCGCCCUCUCCCACCUCACCCCGGCCUUCGUCUCUAUCAUUGGCACUGGAGCCAUUGCUGCUGCCGUUAUGUCAUCAGCUGACUCUGCUUUGCUCUCUAUAGCCUCCAUUUUCACCUGUAACAUCUACAAGACUAUCCUGAGGCCCCAGGCAUCACAGACAGAAAUCCAGUGGGUGAUCCGUGCUGCUGUGGUUGUGGGAGGCUUGAUUGGUGCAUCACUCACCACCCUUAAAAAUAGUAUCAUUUGGAUGGUGUUCAUCGGUACUGAAGUGACCUACAUAUUGAUCUUCUCUCAGCUCGUCUGCGUCCUCUUCUUCAGCAUAUCCAACUUCUACGGAGCCAUUAUGGGCUGGCUGACAGGGUUGGUGUUAAGACUGCUCAGUGGAGAGCCAUCAGUAGGGUUACCACCAGCCAUACACUUCCCAGGAUGCACUCUUGAGGACGGCGUCUAUGUCCAGUACUCUCCAGUGAGGACCAUCUCCAUGCUGUCUGCCAUCGUUGCCAACUUGUUGUUCUCCUACCUGGCUUUUGUGCUUUUCAACAAAGGGUUGAUUCCUGAGAAGUGGGAUGUGUUCAAAUUGAAAUCCCAGCACUCAGCAAAACCGAUGACACCAACAGAUGUCGAGAAGGAGACGCUUGAUGAAAAAGACUCUCACCCGGAAACCUUAGAGCCAAUGAUGAACACCAAAUGUUAA